AUGUUACUGCAAUUCAUGAUGGAGAUUAAAUCUUCCAUUAAGGUCUUGGAAACCCAGGUGGGGCAGUUGGCUGCGCAAAACACUAACAAGACUCAAGGUAACUUGCCGAGCACUACUGAAGUCAAGCUAAAGGAGAACUGUAAUGCAAUUAUCUUGAGAAGUGGUAAGACCUAUGAUGAGCCAAACAAAGAUAAGCCAAAAGAGGAAGAAGACGAAGAAUCAGCACCUACACCACAAGAGGAGAAGAAGACUACUGACAUUCUUCAACAAAAAGAAACACCACCUCCCAUCAACAUUGACCAUCACAUCAAAAUUCUUUAUCCUCAAAGACUUUACAAGAAUAAGAUGGAUAAGCAGUUUUCGAAAUUUCUUGAAAUAUUCAAGAAAAUGCACAUCAACAUCCCAUUCAUAGAGGCUUUGGAGCAGAUGCUAACUUACCUAAAGUUCAUGAAGGACAUCCUAUCCAAGAAAAGGAAGUUGGAAGAGUUUGAUAUGGUGGCACUUACUGAGGAGUGCAGCGCAGUCCUGCAAAAGAAACUACCACCCAAGCUUAAAGAUCCGAGUAGUUUCAAUAUCCCAUGCUCAAUAGGGGGUUUGAUACAAACAAAAACUUUAUGUGAUCUGGGAACAAGUAUCAACUUAAUGCCCCUAUCUAUGUUUAAAAGAUUAAAAUUAGGAGAAGCCAAGCCCACAACAAUGAUUUUAAAAAUGGCAGAUCGUUCGUUGACUCAUCCUCGGGGUAUAAUCGAAGAUGUUUUGGUAAAGGUUGAUGAGAAUACUCCUAUCAUUUUGGGAAGACCAUUCCUAGCAAGAGGGAGAGCGUUAAUUGAUGUACAGAAGGGGAGUUAUAGUUGCGUGUUCAAAAAGAAGAAGAAACUUUCAAGGUAUUUGCCACAACUGAAAUUCCUACUUGUUGUCGAGUGGAAGUUGUAA